UAAAGGCAAUCUUCAUGACAAGCAGUCGGAGCAUUCGCAGGAACUUACGACAAAAUGAUACUUCGUGUGUUUAGUUUAAUCAGCUUCAUAACGUUCGAAUUGUGCGUGACACAGGAACACACGAUUCCUGUAAUCAUAUGUCACCGAAAUUCGACCGACUUCUUUGCCUGCGCGAAGCGCGAGGUGCAAGAAGCAUGGCCGCGAAUAAUUCAAGGGUUUCCAGAAAUCGAUUUCCCAUGUUUGGAGCCAUUAAAAAAAGAAUAUUUCGAAGUAUCAUACAAUAGUGACACCAUAAAAGUAGAUUUUACUCUAAUCAAUAUUACACUGAUGGGUUUGGCAAAGAUUCGUAUCUUGGAUGCGAGACCAUACUUUCUCGAUGACGGCUUUCAAAUAGAAAUCGAUGUACAUAUACCGCAAUUGUAUGCUGAAGGCAGUAUGGAAGGGACGGGUAAUUUGGGCCCAUUUAGAGUAACUACAAAUCAAGGACCGUUUAAAUUAACUAUAACAAAUAUCAGAGUAACGUGUAAUAUAAUAGGACCCGUAAUAAAUGAUAGAUGGGUUGUAGAACAUUUUUAUGUUAUUCCACAAAUUGGUACCAUGAAGGUAUACUUCGAAUUGCUCGACAGCAAAGAAAUCAAUGAUCUCGCUGUGCAAUUCAUGAACGAAUAUUGGCCAACAUAUUAUCGAGCAGUAUCACCGACAUUGUUUGACCAAAUAGAUAUCUGGGCGUCUGAUUUAGCCAAUCGCUUGAUUUCUCAAUAUUCCUUCUCCCAAACAAUCCCGACGUAAAAUCCAAACAUUUAUUAAGCAUGAAGCACUGACAGUUUUGCAGAUAAUUAUGUAUUAUAGGAGAGUAUCAAUGACCUUAUGUUGUCUAUAUGAUAAGCUUGAGUAACUACCUAAAAGUACCUAUAUAUAGCCGGUACUUGUUACCUAUUAAAAAGCUAUUAAUAAAAUAUAAUAAACUGAAGUUUUACAAUCGUAAUGCUUUUUCGAUAAAUGUAACAAUAAAGAUAACAACAAAAACCAAAAUCAAAGCAUAAUAAAUGUGUAGGUGUAGACAAAGGGAAAAGCGGAGGCCACUUCUAAUAUAGGAAUGUAAAGAUAAAUACCGUCUUAAUCCAACCAAUAGUUAGAAAAUUACAGUUUAUUCAAUAAACUUACAUUGUUAAUAACUUUUUAAUAAAUAACGAGUACCGGUUAUAAGCUUUUGGUAGCUACUCAGGAUUAUAGAUUCGACAUUAUACAUAUCAAGAUCGUUGAAGUUAUACAUAGCAUAUGCUGUUUUGAGUUACAAACUUUGCGUUAGAUAUAUCAUCAAAGAAAUAUGAAUAAAGUGAAGAAAUAUUUGUUUUAACUUGCUGAACUUAAAAAUGAUUUUUUAAAUUAUUACAAACGCGGCAAUAAUCGCAUGACAGUAAGAAGAUGUAAUGUGCAUGUUGUAUUAGAACAUUGUAUAGAAUGUUAAAUAGAAUGUUUUAAGAUAUGCAUUCACUUGUAGUUUAGUCAUAAGCAUAAAAACACGUGAGACUUCGGGCUUAAUAUACAAAAAAUUGCUGAGAGCAGAAGUGUGAUGGAAUGUUGUUGCCGCUCAAGAUUGAUUAAUAAGUUUAUUUGAAACUGCAUGAUCACUACUUCCACGUCACUUACACUCAUAAAACACAAUUUGUUAUCACUCAAAUGUUAUCAUUCAAAUCACUGAUCGGCGAGGACGAUAAUAAUGCGCUUGUUCAAAAAUUAAAGAUUUCGAUUCUCACAUCGAUUAUCUGUUAAAUGUGCUACAGACAAUAGAAAAGUUAUUAUGAGUUUGGAAUACAUAUAUGUUUUAUAUAUUA